AUGCCCAGAAGGAAGAGAGGACGAGGCGGUAGAAAAGCUGCUACUACCACAGCUAAGGGGAAUGAAGGCGAUGAAAAUGUUACUAAAGGAAAAAUUUCUGAUGCAUUCAAACAAGAUUUCCGUGCAGAAGCUGAACAUCGGGUACGGGAAAUGCGUCUUCAUGCAGAAGAUUAUAAGAAACGAUUACAAAGUACAUUUGAUCAAUUACUAUCUCAAAUCCCCAAGAAAGAACUAGGAAAUAUUUCAAAUGUUAUUGCUUAUGUUAACAUGAAGACUCAAGAUUACAUGAGCAAUGAAAAUCAAGGUAGCAAGAAGGAUGGUAAUUUCGCUACACCUGCUGCAUGGACGUCAAAUAGUCUAAGAAGCCAAAGAAAGCGAAAACCUUUAGGAGAGUCAAGUGAGAAUAUGAGAAACCAAGCCCCUGCUACAGCUAGACCUAACAAGACAAAAAGGGGACCAACGCAGACACCAGCCGUUAGGCACAGUUCAAGAUUGAAGUCUAGAACGGAGUCUAAACGACCAAGCCAAGUACCACAAAAUAAUUUCAUUACUCCAGCAGCUAAAAAAACUAUAGCACAACUGUCUACUACUACCGCCACUGGUAUCAAGUCAAGAUACAUUCGACCCGGUGAAAUCUGUGUUUCUAUACAUGGUUCACCAGUUUCGCAUUUUAGCGAAGAAACACCUGUUUCGAAGCGGCAAGUCAUGGACAAUAAGGCAAGUUUAACAAAUAAUUUUACGAGUGCUAAGAUUACGGGAUUCCUAAAUACUUAG